AUACAAUCCUCUGUAUGACUCAAUAAUACUUAGACUUUCGUUCUCUCCUUGCUCUUGUACCUGUAUUCGAGAAAGCGAACAUUACACUAGACUUAGAACCCAGCAUAGACCGUCGCCGUCAUGGCUUCCGACAACUCCGCAUCCACCCACACUCCCCGCUAUUUGACCGGUGACGCCCCUGGAAUCCGCGAAUUCUUGGACAAGUUCGACGUGUUCCUGUUCGACUGUGAUGGCGUCCUAUGGUCCGGAGACCACCUCUUCCCAGGCACAAACGAGACAUUAGAUCUGUUGAGAAGCAAGGGCAAACAAAUCGUCUUCGUCACGAACAACAGCACCAAAUCGCGUGCCGACUAUGUCAAGAAAUUGGAGGGAUUGGGCAUUCCAAGCUCAACAGAAGAAAUCUUCUCCUCCUCCUAUAGCGCCUCAAUCUACAUCUCACGUAUCCUGCACCUUCCGGCCGACAAGCGCAAAGUCUUCGUGAUUGGCGAAACCGGCAUCGAGCAGGAGCUGCGCGCCGAGGGCGUUUCCUAUCUGGGUGGGACGGACCCGGCCUACCGCCGCGAGAUCGCACCCGAGGACUACAAGCGCAUCGCCGCCGGCGACUCGACCCUGCUGGACCCGGAGGUCGGCGUCGUGCUGGUGGGGCUGGACUUCCACAUCAACUACCUCAAGCUGGCGCUGGCGUACCACUACAUCCGGCGCGGCGCGGUGUUUCUGGCCACGAAUAUCGACUCCACGCUGCCGAACGCGGGGACCUUGUUCCCGGGGGCCGGGUCGAUGAGCGCGCCCCUCAUCAUGAUGCUGGGCGGGCAGGAGCCGGUCUCGCUGGGGAAGCCGAAUCAGGCGAUGAUGGAUGCCAUUGAGGGCAAGUUUCACUUCGCGAGGGAGCGCGCGUGUAUGGUGGGUGACCGCGCCAAUACGGAUAUCAGGUUCGGGAUUGAGGGGAAGUUAGGAGGCACGUUGGGGGUGUUGACGGGGGUGUCCAGUAAGGAGGAUUUUGUCGCCGGGGAGGUCAGGCCCGCUGCUUAUUUGGAUAAGUUGGCGGAUUUGUUGGAGUGUGAGUGAGUUGGAUUUGUCUUGGUGUUUUUGUCUACUACUACCACUUGGGCUUUGUGGCACAUGGGUGGUGGGUAUUCUUCGGAAACUGAAGGGUAUCAUUAUUUGUCGUUAUCCUCUCUAUCCGGGAAUUGUCUAUCUAUAUGAUGUUUACAGGAUACCAUAGAAUCCAGGACAACCACUUAUCCUCUUCACAACCUCCCACAAUACCAGGCCUACUGGAAUGGAG